CUCCCUCGGCCUUUCCCUCUUCCCGGUGCCAUGUUGCCAGCUCCCACGGCUGGUGCUCGCCUUGUCAGACCGCCGCCUCCGACCGCCGCACACCGUGGCACCGCCGGCACCCGCCGCGCCGCGGGGUUCGCGGCGCGCACCCGCCGGGGCAGCGGGUUCGACCGGGCGUGGGCGCUGGGCGUGGGCGCCGCACGUUGGGUGCGCCGAUCCCGGAGGGCGAAGCGAGCGAAGAGUGACCUGGUGGAGAGUGAAGAGGUCGAGGUGAAGAAAUCCCAAUCCUCUUACAGCUGGGAGAAGCAAUGGUAUCCAGUUCUGCCUUUGUCGCUGUUGCAGGGGGUGGGUCCUGAGCCAAUCAAGCUGCUGAACAAGGAUUUGGUACUUUGGAAAGACGGGGAGGGUGAAUGGCGAUGCACUGACGGUAUUUGUCCUCAUCGUCUUGCACCCUUGGCACGUGGCCGUGUGACUGAAAACGGAGAGCUCAUGUGCCGCUUCCAUGGUUGGUGCUUCAAGGGCGAUGGCAUGUGUGCGAAAGUUCCAAUGGCUCAUGGGGAUUCUGAAGCUGAGGGACGUUUGAUCGGUCAAGACUGCAGCAAGCUGGCAUCGUAUCCGACGAAGCUCAAGAAGGGCUUGCUCUUCGUUUGGCCCCACGCCAGUGCGAAAGAGGCUUUGCAAAGGGAACCCUUUGUCCCUGAGGAGUUGUCGGAGAGUCCCAACUGGAGUUGUUUUGACGUGCCAGCCGGCUGGAGGGUGUGGCUCGAACAAAGCUGGGAUCCCAGCCACGCGCCCUUUUUGCAUCAGUAUGCCCUACCGAACUUUGCUCCAGAAUAUGCGGCCCCCAUGGAACCGUUUGACAUUCAAGAUCUUGGAGAUGAUGGUCUCAAGGUCAAGCAUGGUGGAUACAUGCAAAGCAACAUGGGCAUGAAGGCUGAUCGUCGCUUCGUGCCGCCUUGUGCCAACUCCACCUCCUACCUCUAUCCGGAUGGUCGAAUCAUUGGCUUCAACUUCUAUUUCGUGCCCACCGAGCCUGGAAAAGUGCGCCAGAUUACCACCUCCUAUUUUGUGCCAAGCCAGAACGAAGACGACAGCAAGAGCAACCUCAAGGGGAACAUGAUGCAGAUGUCCAAGGUGGUUUUGAAAGGCCGGAGCCUGGGCACCGCCGAGAAGCCAAAGCGCGAUCUCCGUGCCUCGUGGAUGGCCUGGGCGGAAACACGCUGGCCCGACCUGGCGAAGGUGCGGCGAGGCCUCGAGACAUGGAAGCUCUUGCAGGGGCUACUUGGGGAUCAAGACAACACGGUGCUUUCCUUCCAAGACUCGGUGGGCCUGCCAGCUGUGCAGAAGAAAGAACUUCGUGAGCCGCGUGUCUCGCAGCGCUUCGGGGGCCCGGCCUCCGAGUAUCUGCUGGAGACCCACGCGGACGCCCUGGUGGCGCGCUUCGACGCCUGGAUCGCGCAGCGCCACGGUGGCCCCUUCGGCCGCAUGGACGGCCGUGGCGACGGCGGCGCGCCACGGGAGCAGCUGGAAGCGGCGGUCUUCGACCGGUGGGCGGCGCAUACGAGCUUCAGCAAGGAUGCACAGGCCGCCUUGUCCUUCUUGGUGUGCCUUGCUGAUUACUGCGAUCGCCUGGUGGUCUUCAGCGCCUGUCUGGCGGCCGUGGCCCUGGCGGCUGCUGCGCCACGCUGGGGGGCGCCCUUUGUGCUGCUCGCUGCUGGGGCCACGUGGGUUGCGCGGUGGGGACGCAGGAAAGCGCAAGGCUUCCUCAGCGCGCUGCCGGCUUCGCCGGCGCUGCCGAGGCGCCAGCUGUGGGAGUAGGCCGUUCGAACUGGCUCCCCCCAAAGUGGGGGAAUCGCUUCAAGGUGGUGUGAUGC